AUGUGCAGGAGGAGGAUAUGGACGAGCCCGUCCCCAACCCCUUCUACCCUGACUCAACGGCUGUCCCGGCUCGCGAAGAUAGUGUUAAAGGCUGAGGCUGCUGCGGCGAAGGACGUGAUGACAGAUUCAUCGUCGGAUAAGGACGAUGAUCAUGAGGACGAGGAGGAGGAGGGGGAGGAGGAGGACGACGACGAGGACGAGGAGGAGGAGGAGGAGGAGGAGGAGGAGGAGGAGGAGGAGGAGGAGGAGGAGGAGGAGGAGGAGGAGGAGGAGGAGGAGGAGGAGGAGGAGGAGGAGGAGGAGGAGGAGGAGGAGGAGACGAGGACGAGGACGAGGACGAGGAGAGGAGGAGGAGGAGGAGGAGGAGGAGGAGGAGGAGGAGGAGGAGGAGGAGGAGGAGGAGGAGGAGGAGGAGGAGGAGGAGGAGGAGGAGGAGGGUGA